AUGGACGAAAUGGAUAUUGACAGCGCCCCAGGCGGGACCAAAAGAAAGGCGGAGGAUGAAAUCGAGGCUCCGAAGCCAGCACAGAGGAUCAGGGCUCUUGAUCCCGAUGUUGUGAACAAGAUUGCAGCCGGGGAGAUUAUUGUUGCCCCUGUUCACGCGCUCAAAGAACUGGUUGAGAACGCUGUGGAUGCAGGCUCGACAUCGUUGGAAAUUCUUGUCAAAGACGGGGGUCUUAAGCUGCUUCAAAUCACCGACAACGGCAGUGGCAUUGAGAAAGAAGACUUGGAAAUUCUAUGCGUGAGGCAUACGACAUCCAAAAUCUCUACAUUUGAAGACCUGUCGUCCAUUGCUACAUAUGGGUUUCGCGGCGAGGCUUUGGCCAGCAUCAGCCAUAUUGCCCAUCUUGAAGUCACGACAAGAACCAAAGAAACACCUUACGCCUGGCGCGCCAACUAUCGAGACGGAAAGCCAGUUCCUGGGAAUGGCGAGAUAUCUGCGGAACCCAGAAUGGUUGCCGGCCGUCCGGGCACCCAAGUUACAGUGGAGGACUUGUUCUUCAAUGUGCCAACACGUCGAAGAGCGUUUCGAAAUUAUGCCGAUGAAUUCCACAAGAUCAUCGACAUGACAUGGCGCUAUGCAAUUCACUGCAAAGGUGUUGGUUUCAGUUGUAGGAAGUUUGGGGAAUUGCCUACAAUCUCCGUAAAAGCGGAACAAACAGUGGAAGAACGUAUCCGCUAUAUCUAUGGCGGCAGUCUCGCCAAUGAGAUGAUUGAAAUAUUUGUCUCUGACGAUCGAUGGGGAUUCUCGGCCAAUGGCUACGUCACAAAUGCCAAUCAUCACACCAAGAAGACAACGUUCAUCUUGUUCAUCAAUCACCGCUGUGUUGAAUCGUCAACCAUGAAAAAGGCGCUUGAGCAGAUAUAUACUAGCUUCUUGCCCAAGGGUGGUCGCCCUUUCAUCUACCUCAGCCUUGAAAUUGACCCAGCCCGAGUGGAUGUCAAUGUCCACCCUACCAAACGGGAGGUCCAUUUCCUCAAUGAAGAAGAGGUUAUCCAAGCUAUCUGCGAGACAGUCGAGUCGGAGCUCACUGCUGUGGAUGCGAGUCGGACAUUUCCGACACAGGCACUGUUUCCAGGAGCCAAACCAGUUGGGCCUUUGGACGAAGAUGAUGGCGAUGCCGCCCCCAAAUUCACGACACCGGCUCUUAAGAAGAUACGGCGAAAUUCAAAUGACCUUGUCCGAACGGACCAAUCUCAGGGCAAGAUUACAGCCAUGUUCUCGCCUGCCGGCCCCGCCGAUAAAGCAGACUCUCCUGCUAGAGCAUUGGAAGAUGAACCAUGGGCAGUCCCGGAACCGAUAGAAUACACGAAGGUAGACCGCGAGGAGAUGCACUGCCGGCUCGCAAGCAUCAAGGAGCUACGCCAUGAGGUUCGAGAGGAGAUCAACGAAGAGUUGACAGAGAUAAUCGCCUCUCACUCGUUUGUCGGUGUCGUCGACGAGAAGCGACGGCUUGUCGCUAUCCAGGCAGGCGUGAAACUAUAUCUGAUCGACUAUGGCCACGCCUGCUUUGAUUACUUUUACCAGAUUGGUUUGAGUGACUUUGGAAACUUUGGCCUGAUCAAGUUCAGUCCGCCUAUGGAUAUCAGAGAUCUUCUCCAGAUAGGAGCAGAAGCGGAGAAAGCGGCCUUAGGAAUACCCAAGGACGACAACAAUUUCGAUGUCAUCGUUUCAAGGGUAGCGAAUCGACUCAUAGAGUGGAGGGAGAUGCUCCAAGAGUAUUUUUCUCUCGAAAUCACUCCUACUGGAGAGUUGGUUUCCAUCCCUCUUCUUGUCAAGGGAUAUACCCCGUGUCUCGGAAGACUUCCCCGAUUUCUUCUUCGCCUCGGGCCCCAUGUCAACUGGCACGUUGAAAAGCUGUGCUUCCAAACGUUCCUCUCGGAGCUGGCGUCGUUUUAUGUCCCCGAAUCAUUGCCCACGUCACGCACGGGGGAGAUUGAAGAAACAGAGGGCUUGGAUCCAGUGGAGUUGGAGGAAGUGAUGGAUGCUGAGGCUAUUCAGGACGUGAGAGUGCGGAGACAGCACAUUCGAUGGAAUCUUGAGCAUGUCUUCUUCCCGGCCUUUAAAUCGCGGCUGGUUGCGACGGACGAUCUCAUGGAGAACGGCGUGUUAGAGGUGGCGAACUUGAAGGGGCUCUAUAAGGUGUUUGAGCGGUGUUAA